ACUACAGAGCAGAGUGGAUUAAAGGAGUCUCUUGGGCUUUAAAUAUAAUAUUGCUUUCCAGUCUCACUGGUCACAGAUUAGUGUGGAAUCAGUCAUGUUUCGCAAGACAUUUUUCAUCAGUUACGUCCGGGUGGACUGGGAUGUGUUCAGGUCAAGAGGAUCUCAUAUGGACGCAGUGAUCCGCAGGUGCCCUUUCCUCACUGCUGUGCCCAGUGUUUUCCUGCAGCUGGCUGGGAAGUCAUCGCUGGUGAGCUAUGCCCAGAAGUGCCCCGUGAUGAUGGACCUGGCCUCCAGACCUCCGGCCAGAGCUCUGUCCUCUUCAGCGUCUGCAUGCAAUGGCACUCCAACAAAUGAUGAUCAAAAGCAUGCAGUCAAGUUGCCCCCGGGUCACGUUAUGCCACCUGCUGGCCAGGCUGUAGGCUCUAAAUGCCCGUUCCUGGCUGCAGAAAUGGUGCAGAACAACAACAGGGUAGUAAGGGAGGCCAGUAUGGAGCUGCAGGAGGACGUCCAGGAAAUACACUCUGUGCGCACAGGGAAGAAAGACGUGGAUUUAUCGGUUGUGGAUCUUAUGGAGGCAGACAAGGCCAACACACCAAAAAGCCUUUUUAGACCCAUGUCUUCCAAAGUGUCUCACCUGCUAAAGGACAAUCUGCCCGAGGUCGCCACCUUCCAGUACGACAAGUACUUUGAAAGGAAGAUCGAAAGCAAGAAGACAGAUCACACAUACAGGGUUUUUAAGACGGUGAACCGGAGUGCCCCCUCGUUCCCCAUGGCAGACGACUACUCGGAGUCCCUUCACGUGAAGAGAGAUGUGUCCGUGUGGUGCAGCAACGACUACCUCGGCAUGAGCCGUCACCCCAAAGUCACCCAGACAAUCAUGGAGACUUUACGAAAGCAUGGCGCCGGUGCUGGUGGCACACGAAAUAUUUCGGGGACGAGCAAAUUCCACGUGGAACUUGAGCACGAGCUAGCUGACCUGCACGACAAGGAUGCUGCGCUGCUGUUCACUUCCUGCUUUGUAGCCAAUGACUCCACGUUGUUUACUCUGGCAAAAAUGCUGCCAGGCUGUGAAAUCUACUCUGACGCCGGCAACCAUGCCUCAAUGAUCCAGGGUAUAAGAAACAGUGGGGUCAAGAAGUUUGUCUUCCGUCACAAUGACGUCAACCACCUGCAAGAGCUGCUGGAGAAGUCUGACCCUUCCACUCCAAAGAUCGUCGCCUUUGAGACGGUGCAUUCAAUGGACGGAGCUGUGUGCCCACUAGAAGAGAUGUGCGACAUUGCCCACAAGUUUGGUGCCAUUACCUUUGUGGACGAAGUUCACGCCGUGGGUUUGUACGGGCCCAGAGGAGGCGGGAUCGGGGACAGAGACAGAGUCAUGCACAAGAUGGACAUCAUCUCUGGAACCCUUGGUAAGGCAUUUGGCUGCGUGGGCGGCUACAUCGCCAGCACCGGCGCCCUGGUGGACACCAUGCGCUCCUACGCCGCGGGCUUCAUCUUCACCACCUCCUUGCCCCCCAUGCUGCUGGCAGGGGCGAAGGACUCCAUCAAGGUCCUGAAAAGUGAGGAGGGCCAGGUGCUCCGGAGGAAACACCAGAGGAGCGUGAAGCUGCUCCGGCAGAUGCUGAUGGACUCGGGCCUUCCGGUGGUCCACUGCCCGAGCCACAUUAUACCUGUCCGGGUGGCUGAUGCAGAGAAGAACAAUAAGAUCUGCGACAUCAUGAUGUCUCGUUACAACAUCUACGUCCAGGCGAUCAACUACCCCACUGUGACCAAAGGGGAGGAGCUGCUGCGCAUCGCUCCCACACCACACCACACUCCACAGAUGAUGUUCUUCUUUGUUGACCGGCUGGUGAAGACGUGGAAGGAGGUGGGCAUGGAGCUGAGGCCUCACUCCUCAGCAGAGUGUGACUUGUGCCGGCAGCCUCUUCACUUGGAGCUGAUGAGUGAGAGGGAGAAGUCCUACUUCACAGGCCUCAGUCACAUGAUAUCAGCAGUGGCUUGA